AUGAGUCAGUCAAAUAAAUCAGCAUCUUCUGAACCUCCAGCUAAUGACAAUCGGAUAGGUCCAUUUGCUAUCGUACCAAAAUACGAUUGUCCUCAUUUGGGUGAAAAUGCUUACGUAUUACUUCAAUCGACUCAACAGCAAGAGGACCAACAACCGCCCUGCGUUGGUUGUAAUAGUAAGCAAGAGAACUGGGCAUGUCUACAUGGAGAUUGUAAUUACAUUGGUUGCUCUCGUUACCAACAAAAACACAUGCUAAAACAUCAUGAAUCAACCGGACAUAAUAUUUGUCUUAGUUAUUCAGAUCGAUCAGUCUUUUGCUAUGCAUGUGAUAGUUACAUUGAUAGUCCACAAUUGCAUCUUCUCAGUCGACAAUUGAAUCAACUUCUUUAUUAA